UUGCUUUUGCUCUCAUUUCGGUGUUUCUUCGAAGUGAAUGGAAUGCUACCUUUUUUUUUAAUGCUAAUUCUUGAAGUGUAUUCGGUAAAGAAAUAUGAAUAAGGGCAGUCUAAUCUUACGCAGCCCUGAUUUCUUAACUACACUUAGAACUUUCUCUGGUUUAACUCACAGAUCCCAUGGAAAACUUUUAAAGGUGUAUGUAUGUUCACUACGAGGCGAAAGAAAUGUUUCAAUACUGUUUCGAGUAUUAAGAGGUGCCCUUAAAAUACGAUAUAUUGUUCUUGGUACUGCUGUUGGCGGCGGAGUUCAACUUUCAAAGAAAUAUGAUGAACUGAAAGACAUUAUGCCAGAUUUUAGCUGGGUAUCCGAUUUAAUGCCUAGUCCUGAAAAAAUUGAUGAAUUUCGAGAAAAUUUAAUUGAGUUAAAAAAUAACAUAAAUUUUCCUGAAAAAGGAUGGAUCAAGAAAAAUGUUUCUUUUCUUGCAAGCAGAAUUGAAAAUUUAGGAGAUUAUUUUAGCGAUGACUCUGAUGAUGGGGAUCCUACAACAAUGCUGGCUGAAGGUUUAUUUGCUAUUUUAGGAGGAAAUUCCUCUUCUUUGCCGUUAGAUGUUGCUGUGCAGAAUGCAAUGUCGAAUACAUCAAGCCCAUUUACAGGAUCCUUUAGCUCAAACUCUAAUAUUAAUAGCGAAAAAGCAAGAAUUGAUAAAUUACAGGAAGAAUUAAUUAACGUACAAAUCAAAUAUCAAAAAGAAGUAGAAAGAUUAGAAAAAGAAAACAAAGAACUUCGAAAGAUGCUGAUGUUGAAAUCCAUGAAAUCAGUACCUGCUAGAAAAAUUAAGAAAUCCCUGAUUGAUAUGUACUCUGAGGUUCUAGAUGAGCUAAGUGAUUAUGAUUCUAGCUAUAACACUCAGGAUCACUUACCACGGGUAGUUGUAGUUGGUGAUCAAAGUUCUGGUAAAACAAGUGUUUUAGAAAUGAUUGCCCAAGCCCGCAUUUUUCCUCGAGGAGCUGGAGAAAUGAUGACAAGAGCACCAGUCAAGGUGACUCUUAGUGAAGGGCCUUACCAUGUGGCUAGUUUUAAAGAUAGCUCAAGGGAGUUCGAUCUAACCAAAGAAAGUGAGUUAUCAGAUUUAAGAAGAGAAGUGGAAAUACGUAUGAAAAAGAGUGUUGAAAAUGGCCGAACUGUGAGCAAUGAGGUUAUCUCUAUGACAGUUAAAGGACCUGGCUUGCAGCGAAUGGUAUUGGUUGAUUUACCUGGUGUUAUAAGUACAGUAACAACAGAUAUGGUGGAUGGCACGAGGGAAGCCAUUCGAGAAAUGACUCAACUGUAUAUGAGCAAUCCUAAUUCAAUCAUACUGUGUAUACAAGAUGGCUCUGUUGAUGCUGAGCGUAGCAUCGUAACAGAUUUAGUGAGUCAAAUGGAUCCACAAGGACGAAGAACAAUAUUUGUACUUACGAAGGUUGAUUUAGCUGAGCAAAACAUGGCAGAUCCAACGAGGAUUAAACGGAUUUUAGACGGCAAGUUAUUUCCAAUGAAAGCUUUAGGCUAUUUUGCUGUCGUUACAGGAAGAGGUAGUAAAAGUGAUACCAUUAAUGUUAUCAAAAGUUAUGAGGAAGACUUUUUUAAGAGUUCCAAAUUGUGUAGAGAUGGUAUCCUAAAUGCAACUCAAUGCUCGACGAAAAAUCUCAGUUUUGCUGUUUCUGAAUGCUUCUGGAAAAUGGUUAAAGCUUCAGCAGAGCAACAAGCUGAUGCUUUCAAAGCUGCUCGUUUCAAUUUAGAAGCAGAAUGGAAAAAUAACUUUCCCAGAUUACGUGAACUUGAUAGGGAUGAACUGUUUGAAAAAGCGAGGGGCGAACUUUUGGAUGAAAUUGUGAAUCUUAGUCAGCUUUCACCUAAACACUGGGAAGAAAUUUUGUCAAAGGAAUUAUGGAAAAAGAUGUCAGUAUAUGUGUUUGAAAAUAUUUAUGUUCAAGCUUGGCAAGCUGGAAAUCCUGGAUCUUUUAAUACAGCAGUUGAUAUUAAAUUGAAACACUGGGCUGAUGAAAUGCUUCCCAAAAAAUGUGUAUCUGUUGGAUGGCAGACACUUCAAGAUGAGUUCAGAGGCAUUUUAGAGAAAUCAAAAGCAUCUAAGGAACAUGACGAUUUAUUUGAUGAUUUAAAAACAUCUGUUGUGAACGAAGCCAUCAGACAUCAUUUUUGGGAAAAUAAAGCUGUCGAUAUGCUGCGCAUAAUCCAGUUGAAUGCAUUAGAAGACCGAGCUAUUCCUGACAAGCAGCAAUGGGACAAUGCAAUCAAAUUCUUAGAGACGAGCUUAAAAGACAGACUUUCUCAAACUUGUGCCUAUAUUUCCGAGAUGGAAGGUCCCUCCUUUACCGAAAGGUGGUGGCAUUGGGUUAGCCGAACACCAGAGCAGCAAUUAUGGUCAAGCAUUAAAAAUGAAACUCAGAAGUUGUUUAAUCAAGCUCAUUUUUCCAAUCACGGACCAUCAUUGACCCCUGAUGAAUUAACUACAAUAAAAAGAAAUCUUCAAGGAUCAGAUGUGGAAGCUGAUUACGAUAUGAUCAAACAGGUUUGGCACCCCCUCCAUAGAAAGCAUUUCUUGGAAAAAUCAAUUCAAAAAGCCAGUGACUGCAAAAGAGCCUUUUAUCUUUAUCAUCAAGGCUUGGAAUCUGAAAUAGACUGUAAUGAUGUUGUUCUUUUCUGGAGGAUACAGAAAAUGUUGCAAACUACAGCAAAUGCUUUAAGACAGCAAAUCAUGAAUGCUGAAGCACGCAGGUUGGAAAAAGAAAUUAAAGAAGUUCUAGAAGAUUACAGUCAAAGUUCCGACAAAAAGAAAGCUCUUUUAACUGGAAGACGAGUAGUUUUAGCAGAAGAGCUCAAAAGAGUACGGCAUAUUCAAGAAAAACUAGAAGAGUUUGUUGCAGCUCUACAUGCGGAAAGCUGAAAGUUAUAAUUAUAGUUAAAUCUGUUAUUUUAAUUAUAUUAAUUGUCAAAUUGUACAAUAAAAAUAUUAGUCUUCAGCUGUAAGUCAUAGUUGUCUUGUAAAUAGACUAUAUAUACUAAAAUUUGCAAUUUCAUUUUAUAUUGAUGACAUUACAAUUGAAUAUUGCUGGAAAAAGUAAGAAGAAUAUUAAUGUUUGUAUUGUUUUCUAUCUUCUGA